AUGAAUUCAUCAGCAAUUUAAAAUUUAGAGGGCCAAACAAUGAUAUGCCAAUUUCAUAACAACUAAAUAAUAAUUUCUAUAAACCUUAACUCAACAAUAACUGGAGAUGUUACACACAUGUGUAAUAAAUGUUUAGUUGAUAAGACAAAUGAUAAUAAUAUAUUAACAAUCAUGGAAGCAAAAGAAUAAAUAACAUCAUAUAAGAAAUAAUAGUAACAAAAAAGGGCGAAUGAAAUUGAAAUAAUUCUAACAUAAUUGUAGAACCUGUUUGAAAACCUAGAGUAGUUUAAAUUUAAGGUUAAUACUGUUUUGUAGAAAAUCUAAAAUGAAUUGUCACAAUUAAUUAAGUUUAAAUCACAAGAAUUAUCUCUAUCUGAAAAUUGUUGA